UUAUCUGUCUGCUGCAGGGGCUGAUGGGAGAUGUGAGGAGCUGUUAGAAACCACGUGGCCCUCGUCUGAUCUCACAGCUCGUCCUUGUUUGGCCUCAGCUGCAUCAGAGCGCCACUUCUCCCCAGGUUCACCAGAGGAAACACCACUGAACUAAAUGCUUUUCCUCCCAGCUGCUGCUCUGUGCUGUCUGUGUUCAGCGCUGGCUGCCAUGGCAACACAGCUGAUUCAGGAUGAUUUAACAUUGACCAGGAGAGUUGGUGGAGACGUCUCCUUCAGCUGUCGAGGCACUCAGCAGUGUGACAAUACUUAUGAUUAUGUAUACUGGUACCAGAAGAGAGACACAGAAACAUUCACAAGGAUUCUUCGUAUUGAUCCGAGUGAUGGUGGCAUACAUAAGGGAUACAAUCAUUCUCAGGAAGAUGAUUUCUCAGCUGUGAAUAAAAGAAAUGGCUGGGAGUUGCAGAUCCAAAGCAUUAAACCCGAUCAUUCAGCCACCUACUACUGCUCCUGUUGGAAGGAUGCUCCCCACAUCGGAUACUACUACAUCUUUGGCUCUGGAACUAAACUGAUUGUAACAGAUGAGCCGGUAGUGAAGCCCGUGGUGAGCGUGUACCCAGCAGCAUCCAGAGCCCACCUGGAGGGGAAGAGCUCCCUGCUGUGUCUGGCCUCAGCUAUGUUUCCUCCUCUGGUCCAGUUCUCCUGGAAAAGACGUAAUGAGACUGGUCCUCUGGAGGAGCUGCCCUCUGAUGAUAUAGAGCAGCUGGAGAUCAGAGAGUCAGGACACACCGCCUCCAUCUUGCUGAUCCAUCAGAAAGAGAACAGCACAUAUAAAUACCGCUGUGACGUCCUACAUGAGGGGGGGACAGUGGAGGCCCAAACAGAACAAGAGGUUCCAGCUCCAGCAGCCUCCUGUCCUCCAGAGAGAGAUCCACCAGACCAGCUAGCUCUGGAGGAAGCUGACUUGUCCUUCCAGUCCCAGUGCAGGGUGAAGUUGUUCUGUCUGCUGUACACCCAGCUGAUAGUGAAGAGUCUGGUGUACUGCUGUGGACUCUCUCUGCUGAUGAUCCUCAGAAACAAGGGACCGUCCACCAGCUGCUCACAUGCUGACUGACUGUUU